AUGCCUCGUACUCGCCCCCGACGACUCGACCACCUGCAAGGCAUCAAUGUCGACCAGAUGGCCCAGCUCGCCGACGCAGCCAACAACGACUACCUUCGCCUGGAAAACCUAGACGUCAACAUCCCCCCUGAUCCAGAGGCUCUAGCUUACACCAAGCACGCCGUCACCGACGACCCAUGUAACAGCUACCUCCCAUUCACCGGCAAAGCCCGUCUAAAAGACGCCGCAGCCAGACAUGUCUCGCAGCUCUCCGGCAUGACAUAUUCCGGCGCGCGCAACUGCGUUAUCUCCGUGGGUGGGUUAUCCGGUAUCCUGAACGUCCUGCUGGCAACAACUGAGGAAGGCGACGAGGUGAUAUUGACGGAUCCGACCUACCGGGGGCUAAUCAACCGGGUUCUCCUUGCAGGCGGCGUCCCAAAACUUGUGCCGUUUACCUUCGAGCCAGGGAAGGAGUGGAAGCUAGAUCAGGCCGCACUGCGGGCGGCGAUUACUGAUACAACUACUGCAAUGCUGCUCAUGUCGCCAUCGAUGCCGAGCGGGGGCUACUUUACUCUAGAAGACUGGACGCUCAUUGCAGAGAUUUGCGUACAGAAGGACCUGCUUCUCAUCCUGGAUGCCGCAAUGGAGCGGCUGGUCUUUGAUGCGCGGCCUGUGGUACACCCAGCCAGUUUACCUGGGAUGUUCGAGCGGACGGUCAUCGUAGGCUCCUCGGCGAAAGAGCUGCGGAUGAUCGGAUGGCGUGUUGGCUGGAUCGUGGGACCAGAAGACCUGAUUAGCGACAUUGCGGCGGUGUCUAUGGCCAAUGUCGUUGUGCCCGUGGGAAUUGCUCAGGAAGCCGUGGCUGUUGCGCUCGAGCGGUCGUCCGAAACCAUGGCGCUGUAUGUGGCUGAACUACAAGCGCGCCGCGAUCUCGUCCUUGCAGAACUCGAUGGGUUGCCAGUUGGCGUACCGGCGGGCGGAUGGAGCCUGCUUCUCCGCGUGAGCGAUUUCGGGCUGGAUGGGAGCACCGCGUCGAAGCGUUUGCUGGAACAGGGUGUAUGCGCAACUGCAAUGGAUGGAUGGGGAGAGGUACACGGUAGCGAGUAUGUCCGGUUUGUGUUCUCCAAUGAGUCCAUUGAGAGGCUGAAGGGGCUGGGUGUCAAAGUCCGGAAAGCGUUGGGUAUUAGUAGUGACUGA